GAUCAGGAUUUGCAUUAAAGCAUUAACGCACAACGCCAGAGGAUGAAGCCGUUUUGCCAGUUACUCAUCAUCAUAUUCACUUUUUUGGCCAUUAAAUCAUGUAUAAGCCAGCCCUUAUCCUGGUGUGAUCCCGCCCUUUGUUCCCCGGGAACAACUCAUGUUGCCUGCAAUAAUAAUGGGGAAUUCAAUGAGAACUGCUCACCGGAUGCUGCCAUGAUCAAUAUGAAACCGUAUCGUGAUUUUAUACUACAUGAGCAUAAUAAACGCAGGAAUUUCAUAGCCUCUGGUUCGUUGCCGGGUUAUUAUCCAGCUGCUCGCAUGGCCACCAUGAUCUGGGAUGAGGAAUUGGAAUAUUUGGCUACACUCAAUCUAAAGACCUGCAAUUUGGAUCACGAUGAUUGUCAUAAUUCAUAUCGUUUUCGGAAUUUGGGACAAAAUCUAUCCGGUGUAGAUCGAUUUCGUAAUUGGCCCAUGAAUGUGACCAAUCUUAUAGAGCAAUCCAUGGGUCUCUGGUUUGGUGAAUAUGAUGUGAUUGAUAACAGUUAUAUAACUAAUUUUCGUGUGGUCAAUGAUCUCGAAAAGUAUGGCCACUUUGUGGAAACUGUGGUGGAUCGGAAUACUCAUGUUGGCUGUGCCAUGAUGCGUUUCACCAGACCCGACUAUCCAUUCCUUUACAUCUACAAUACGGCCUGUAACUAUGCCAGUGUCUAUGCCAUUGGGGUUCCUGUCUAUAAAGUGGGUGAACCGGCUUCCGAAUGCAAAACCGGUUCGAAUCCUUCCUAUCCAGCUCUUUGCUCUGCCAAGGAAGUAUUUAAUCCCAAUUAUAAUUUAUUUUAA